AUGUUCGAUUUUUGGGUCAUCAACCGGCGGCGAUAUGACACGCUUGCUUUGUAUCAGCCCUGGAAUCCUAUCUAUCGCUAUACAUCGUCCGUGUCUUGGUUUGGGGGAAUCUCGAUCUGGGGGUGGAAUUGGCGAGCGGUGGUCGCAUUUCUGGUCGGGGUGGCCCCUAGCUUACCCGGACUGAUCAACGCCGUGAACUCUUCUAUCAAUGUCGGUGCCGGCAUCCACCCAUAUCAAUUCGGAUGGCUGCUCGGGUUCUGUGGGACGACUGUGGUUUACGUGGCCCUGUCGUGGUUAUUCCCGGCCCGCGAUACUCAGAUCGAUCAUGCCGUCCUGCCCGAUGAGGUUUAUGACGAAAGGGCAAUUAUCGUCGAAGGAGUGGAUACAGAUAAGAGUUCCGACAGGGAGCCGCGCAUCCAGCAUGAAAAGAUGCCGGUCGUUGGUUGA